AUGGAAGCUUCAUAUUCAAGUCAACGAAAGCAAAAAUCAAUUAUAUCUUUAACCCAAAGUGAAGAGCAUACAGGGAGCACCCAGGCUUCUCACCCUUCCCUCCUAAUUCAAAAAAGCUCAAACUAUGUCGGACUUUCUGCAACUCCUGGCAGGAUUUCUAAAUUUCAGUCCUUCAAUACCGAUCCACUGUACAGGUUCCCAACGUCUUCAGCCUCAAAAGACGACGCCACCGUCAUUUUAGACAGAAAUGAAUUUAUUUCAGCAGACCUCGUCAACCUAAAGGCUACUUUAAUUUUCCUUCAUGAAAAAAGCCCAUUUAGGCGAGGAAACGCCAAAGACGUCGUCAAUCCUUUGGACACCUCCCAAAGCUCAGUACACGGCGUCCCUAAAAACUCUAUUAACCUAGGCAGCACCUAUUCACAAGCCCUUAUGAGUCGAGCUUCGUUACAAAGUGACGUUGAGCCUUUUAAUUUGGCUGAAGAAAUGGCUAAAGACCAAGACACAUUUUCGAUGGAAUCUUCUUUUCGGUCCUCAGUCGCUAUGAGUGACAUCCCAGACAAGCCUGAUAUUUCUAUAAAUUCUAAAAAUCUUAUACUACAAAUACAAAGAGAUUUUCAAUGCAAGCAAGAAGACGAACUACACUUGCACUCGAUCACACCUGCAAGCUCACUCGCAAAUUCUGAUGAAAGCGGGGAACUAACCCCGAUCAGCUUAAGAAGCAGUAGGCCUAUUUUUGAUACAAAAAGCAGCAUUUCGUCUAAUAAUCAAGAUGAAUUUUUAUAUUAAAGUAUAGAGAUUAGCAGCUUUAUCAGGAAUUAUAAUAAAAUGUGGAUGAUUUACUUCCCCAUCCUUGAUUGAACCGAUUGCCAUAGUUCGAUCAAGAUAAGUUUUUUAAAAAAAAAAGCUGGAAAAUAAAUCUUUAAAUAAAAUUUUGCACUAGCCACAAGAUAUAGAGUAUAUAAUAUAUUAGCAUCGAGUAUUAGAAUUGCGAAAGAGACUCUAAAAUUCAUGACUAUCAAGUUAAUUAGAUUUGAGACGGUUCAGAAUGGUUUUUUAUUUUUUACUAUGUAAAUUUCUCAAUAUAUCGUAGGUAAUUUUUCAAUUUUGAAUGGCAUCAGUUAAUUAAAGUUGGAAAGUUAGGGAAAUAGGGAUAUUUAAUUCCACAAACUUAGAAUUAAGCAUGAUUGAAUGGGAAGAGAAAAGAAAAAGCCGAAAUAAAACAAUUAAUGAAGAAGAAGAAAUUGCCAGCUCAGAUGAAGCUUAUAUUACAGAUUUUAAAACUGAAGCUAGCUGCAUUGCUGAGCUGGUCCCUGAGCAGGAAGAUGAAAACAGCAUGUUUCUAUUUAAAAGUAUUGAAGCUUUAAAAAAAGCAAAACUCGCAAGAUUUUCAGUCGCCGAAAGCGAAAUAAGCUCACCGCCUGAAGAUGAAGGGUCGAUCAGAAUAAGUGCUGCUAAUCGGCUAUUUUUAAACGGCCAAACUGCAAGUAAAGCCAAAAUGGGGACAGUUUAUGAUUCUCCACUACAAUUCAGACAGCUGCAGCCUAAAAUUUUGACUGACUCUAUGUCAUUUGCUAUGAGCACUUUUCCGGAAUCUCAACGAACAGUUAUUAAUGCCCCUGAUAUGAAUUCGCCACUUAUAAGAAAGCUAGUUAUAUGUGAAGAAAACCCUAAUACCACCACAGAAAUAAAAAAUAAUAAAGAAAUACUCCUGUUUUCUUAAAUAAACAAUAAUUAAUUUUUUUUUAAAAUAAAUAAAUAUGCAGUUAAUUUCGAUUAAUUCCUGUCACAAUCCAAUUUUCUUUUGCUGCUUGUGGAUAUAAUACAGUCCCUAUAUUAGAAUUUUCGAAAUCUGAAGGAAAAAGCAAAGGUGUUAUUUUAUAUGACGAUAAUAAGCAGCUUUUAAACAGUAUUUUUCCGACAAAAAUAUUAAGAGAGCUAAGCCAUAACCCUGUAAAAUUGGUGUCCUGUGGCUUUGAACAUUGUGCAGCUGUCACAAGUGAUGGAAAAGUUCUAACUUGGGGCUAUGGCUCUUCAGGAUGCCUAGGGCAUGGAGAUACAAAUACUUAUGUGACGCCUACACUGAUUAAUUCAUUAUUCCAAGAAAUCAUUGUCUAUCUUGAAUGUGGUGGCUAUCACAAUGCAGCUAUCACAGAAGAUGGCGAUGUUUGGGUAUGGGGAAGGAAAUUUAUAAAAUUUUUAGCCUUAUUUAAUUAAAAUUCAUAUAAAAAAAUGUAAAAAAUAUGGGGAAGAAAUGAUGUCCAUCAGCUAGGCAUAAAUUUCUCAAAAACACCCAAAGAUGAGAUCGGGCAUGUCGCUUUGCGGCCUAUUAAGUUAAAAUCCCUCAACGAAUUCUGUAUAAAAGGAAUCGCUUGUGGAGAAGCCCACACCCUUGCAUUAGACUCUGACGGAGUCAUCCACAUUUUCGGCUGGGCUGAAGACGGACAAUUAGGAAUUUCCCCUUCAGAGCUUAAAGAUGGCAUGAUGACUACAGAAAUUAAAGAAAUCCAAUCAAUUAAACAAAAAAUCACAAAAGUCUCAGCCGGGUCUAUUUUUUCUGCUUGUUUAACUGAGUCUGGAGAAGUUUAUGUAUGGGGAAAUGGAGAACAAGGACAGCUGGGGCUUGGGAAUAAUAUAAAAAGAGCUGAUUUCCCUAGUGUCGUUGCUUCUUUGAAAAAUGAAAAUGCUAUUGAUUUAGUCUGUGGGGAAAGUCAUGUUAUAUGUGCCACACAAAGUGGAAAAAUUUAUGGAUGGGGACAAGGCAUUGUUGGAGAUUUUGGGAAUGAUAAAUCGUUUCCAAGAGGGUCUGAUAUUAUUUGCUCAGUUCCAAGGCUGCUGAGUGGAGUGGAUAUUGCGCAUAGGUAUAUAAUGAAGAAAAAGGUAAACACAAUAGAUGAUUUGGCUGCGCAAUUGACUGCAAAACUUUUGAAACUCCAACAGUCUUAG